AUAUAAAGAUACGCGUAGACGUACGUAUAAAUAUUUGUGUAUGCAAAUACCCCCCCCUCGAAAGUCCACUAAGUAGGCACCUUUUUUAUAGCGUCACACCGAAGAUGAGAAUCCUCCUCUUCGGAGACGAAAACUUCAGCUUCUGCAACGGCUUCCUAGCCGACCACGAUGACGACAUUGUUGAAGUUUGCAGUUGUUUAAAAGAAAAUGAAUUAAAACAGGAAAGUAAGAGUAACAUUCAGGCGCUGAGCAAGAAUGUGAUUAUCCACUACGGCAUUAACCCAGUGCAGUUAAAAUCUAAAUUCCCCCCGAACACCUUUGAUGCGUUAUAUUAUAUUUUACCCGGGUUGUCAUUUCAUGGACAUCCAGAUUUUAUCGAUCCUCAAACGGAGAUGUUUAAGUUACGUUUAAAUUUAUUUUGUUUUAGUUUUUUAAAAAGUAGUAAAAAUAUAGUCAAACCUGAUGGUUAUGUUUACUUGUUAUUCCCUGACGAGUCGUCCGCGCGGAGUGGCAAUGCGCUACCUGUGACCGAUGGAAACGUCGACGGUACGAACCCUAAUAAUGACAUUGAUAGUAACAAUCAACACAAUGACAGCAGCGAGCAUGCCGAAGGAAACAGCAACUUUAAUAGUAAUACAAACAACGCAGUGGCGGCGGAGGGACUUGGAGACCCUUCUCAUGGGAAGAAGAACGGUCUGCCCUUCCUGCCCAUAGAACCGAAAAAGUUAGCAAGAUUUUGUAACGUCUCAAGAGAGUAUAGUAAAGAUUAUAAUUUAAACCUUGCCGUGCAUGCGAAUUGGCUACCCGUCCUGUUCAACCAGCCCAUUGUCAACGAACUGCCCGAGUGGGUAAAGACGUGUAAGUACUACUGCUUCAAGAUGACCGAAUUGCCAAACAGUAAGAAUAAAAAUAGCCGAGGAGGUGGAAGCGCAGGCAAUAACAACAGCGCAGCUGCGGCCAACGUGGGCAGUGAACAGAACCGAGACGAUGACAACGAAAAUAAGGAUGACGAGGGUAGGGGUGGAAAGGGGGAAGGCAAAAAUGAUGAGGAGAAGAGGCAAGACGGGGACGGCAGCAACGAUAACAAUAGCGGUAACAGUAAUAGUAAUAAUAAUAGUGGCAAUGCCAAUGCGCAGAGCAACGAACAGGCAGAAAAUGAGCAAAGCAAAGAAAAGGAAAACGACCCCGAUGAAUACAACGUUUUGAAAAUACCCCCCCAGGUUUUCGAUUACCCAAUUGAAAAACUGGGACAUGUGAAUGAGUGCUUCUUGUUUAAGCUCUACUCAGCAAACAGCAAAAGCGUCCUGAUUUCCAGGCUCACUCUGAAGUAUGAUCCCAGAAUUUCCGGAUGGAAAGGAGACAACAAAAUUAAGAAGGACAUGCUUAACAAUAACAUGUCCAUGAACAUGGGCAGUAUGAAUAUGAACAACAUGAACAUGAACAAUAUGAACAUGAACAAUAUGAACAUGAUGAAAAAUAUGAACAGCUUAAUGAAUAUGAAUAAGUAUAAAGGAGGGAAGUACAAAAAUAAACAGCCCAAAAAUGACUUCCAACAGCAGUAUAAGAAUAAUUUGAUGCAAAAUAACAUGAAUUAUAUAUUAAAUAAAAAGGGAAAUAUGAAUCUCCCUCCACCUCCCCCAAAUAAUUUGAAUAUGCAACCAAAUAAUGUGAACAUGCCAAAUCAGAAUAUGAAUUAUAAACAGAAUAACUUCCCAUUUGUUAAUAAUUUUAAAGGCAUGCCGAACAAUUUGUCCCAAAAUGUGCAAAAUAGUAUGACCAACAUUCCCAUGAAUGUCAAUCCGAACCUCUCCAACAACAUGAUGAACCCCUACCUGAAUGGCGCCUUCAACAACAACUUCAGGAACAACAUGUACCAGCAAAACAUCCCCAUGCCUCCCCCCAUGGGCAACUUUAACAAAAAAAUGUACCAAUGCCACAACAUGAACAUAAAGAGAAAAAACGACAUGUACAACUGCGACAAUAUGGAGAAGAGCUACGACAACUACAACAUGAAGGACAACUACAAAUCAGACGAUGAUAACAAUAUGAACAACGUCAAUGCGUGUAACGAUGACUACGACCUAGAUCAAUGCGAUUAUAAUGCGGGUAACGUAAAGAAUAUGCAGAACAAAAAUGCAGAAGAUGCUGAUUAUUACUUCAUGAAACAAAGAUCAAGAGAGCCGAACCAUUAUGGUACAUACUAGAAAGUUAGCCAUUCACAAUCGAAAUGACAAGUGCAACGGGGAGAGCAGCGCGUUAGUUGCCUACCCAUUGUCGCACCGUCCACAACGCGUCACUUUUU